AUUUCUUAGAGGAUUUUUACUAAAAAAAAAACACAAAAAUAAUCAAAAUGAAGAUAUUUUUAGUACUUUCAAUUUUGCCACUUGUCGCAUAUUCGAUCCCCAUCGAAAAAUCGAGUCAAGAUGCCUUCGACUUGUCCAACGUCGACAUUUCUGACGACCAAACGAGAACAAAACGCUCGGGCUUCGACAUUGGAGCUCUUAAGCAAAACAUCCUCGGAUCUGUGGGUCAAGCCUCAGCUGGCGCCAUCGGCGGAUUAAGCAGCUCCUCUGGAAAAGCCUUCGGUGCUAGCAGUGGACCAGCUCCCGCUCCAGCUACUGGAUUCGAUCACUAUGGUCCCCCAAGCGCUACUGGCCACGGAUUCGAUGGCGGCGACUUGAAACGCAACAUCUUGAACACUUUAUUCCAAGCCGUCAAAGCCAUCAGCGGCGGAAUUGUCGGACUCAAGGGACAACUCAUCAAAGGCAGCGGAUAUCUCGUUUCAGCAAAAGGAAAAUUGAUUGCAUCUUCCGGAGAUCAAGUUUCGGGACUCGGUAAUAAAAUCGCUCAUUCCGCUACGCUCGUCCCAGCUGGUCCAAGUCACGGCAGCAGCGGCAAAGGACAACUUUUCUCAUUGAGCGGCGGUUUGUCGGGCGGUAGCUCGAGCUCGGGACACUCUGACGGCGGAUCCGGAGACUUUUUGGGAUCAUUGACGAAAUUAUCGGGAGCCUCAAGCAGCAAGGGAGCCAGUUCACACGACGAACAUUCGCCAUCAUUCACCAGCUUCGAAACACACGCUGAAGGACCUGAUCACACGAAUUUCAACGUUCACACUUACACCGCUGCCGAGCCUACAUUCGUGCCACAUCACUCUUACGGACCACCACAAGUGACUGGAAGCGUUCAAGCCAGUUACUCUUCGGUACACCAUUAAACAAAUUGACGAUGCACAAACAAAAGGAUAACAAAACAAAACAAAACAUGGAAAUGAACAAAAUAGAAUAAAAAAUAACUAAAUAAAAAUAGUUUUAUGAUGAUGAUGAUAGGAAAUUCUGCAACUU